GGACAGCUAUCGACAGAUAAAGGAUUUCUUUACUAAAUAUAAAUGGACACUAUUAAUAUUCACUUGGAGCACAGCUAUCAUAUACUUACACAUGCAGUACGUAAGUGUAUCAAAUCCAGUGUCUAAAAACAGAAUGGGAGACAUUGGUCCACAAAGGCCGGUAUUCAAAAUAAAAUACUAUGAUGUGUUAUUGAAUAGUUACAUGAGAGGCGGAAGUACUUUAACUGGAAUGGUUCUCGGGCACAGAGCGGAUACAUUUUACCUUUACGAGCCCUUGUGGAAAAUAUCGAGGUGGACAUAUUGGCAUGGUUACAACAUGGUGUGCAGAUCUGAUCGUCUAGAGUGCAGACAUGUGGAGCCAGGGAAGGCAAUACCAGACAAAUCUGUUGUAGACAACCUUUACAGGCGGCCUACUGGUUCUCUUGUGCUGGCUAAGAAUAACUUGCGCAAAACCUACGAUUGCCAAUUCAACAAUUAUGAACAGACAGUGGUUGAACCUUCGUUAACACCCAAAUUAGGAGGUCCAAGCUGGAAUGCAACAAGAGAGUGUAUGAAACACAAGGUCAAUUACCAGAUAUGUUUUCAACGACAUAUACCGAGAAUGUGUAAAGAUUCUACACAUAAAGUCACAAAAGUUUUACGACUUACAACAGACCUCUUGGCGCCUGUUCUGCAGUCACGUGGCAAUCUCAAGGUCAUUCAUCUCUUCAGAGAUCCACGUGCUAUUAUAAAUUCUAGAAUUCAGACCGAUUGGUACCCUUCAAACACGGACAAAAUGAUAAUAGAAAACGCUAAAUCAUUGUGCAAUAAAAUGCUUUACGAUUUUCGCGAAGGUCAAAAAGUGCAAAAAUUAUUCCCAGAUAGAUUCAGAUUUAUUUAUUACGAAGAUUUUAGCGUUGAUAUUUUAAACAAGUCUAAAAUAUUAUAUAACUAUUUAGGUAUGAAUACAAAUGAGAAAUAUUACCCAAAUAUCAUGAAACUUUCGGCUUUUAAGAACGCAGCAUCAGGUGAAACGGAACGAAAAAAAAAUACUGCAUUUUGGUGGAGAAAAACUUUAAAAUGGGAAACUGUUGAGAAAAUGGAGGAAAUAUGCAAGGAUGUUUAUAAAGAACUUGGAUAUAAAUCCUUUUCGAAUAUACAGGAAUAUAACGACUUGUCAAUACCCAGUGUAGUCAUACCAAAAGAGUGUUUGAUCGCUUGAUGCAAGAAAUUUUAGCUGAUAGGAAGGUUUAGGGCAAUAGCAUUCUAUUACUUGGGGACCAUACGCCGCUUUUCAUGGAAUGACACUCCUGUGUCACAUUGAAGGUUCCAUAACCGUCGUAUGAACACAUCUGCGGAUGUUUCUUAAUUCAAAAUUUCAACAUUUUCUUGUUUAAUCUUGAAUUCUGCUUAAGCCGGUGCUACGUUGCACUUUCCAAUACCGUCCAUGAACAGGCUCAAUCAAACCGAGCCUGCAACAUUUUCAAUAUUGUCGUGUUGGAUUCUGUUUUACUCUAUUCGGUGAUGAAUUGCUCAGACAUUUGACAAAAAUAACUAUGCGAUAUUUUGCUCUACUGCCAAAAAUCAUUUUUUAAAAUAAACUUAAUAAAUAGCAAAACAGAAACAGAAAAUGUUAAUGUAAUAUUUAUUUGCUUUUGUUAUUCCAUUUUUAUAGUCUGACGUGUUUUACUGCAUCUUUUUAUUAAAUUGAUUUUUUCUUCUUAAAUAAUUUUUACAAAAAGGGCGAAAAUAGUUAAAAACAUUAUGCAACAUUACUCACGAGUGAUACAAAAAUGGAUGUAUAAUAUGUAAUUGUGUCAAGGUAGAAAAACUAUAUGUUAUGAACUUGACGGUUAUCAUAUAUAGAUGAUAUUACGAUAAGGACGGCUACACGAAAAUGCGUAGAAGACAAAAAAUACAAAAUAUAAGAACACAUCCAAACAUAAGCUGGAAUUCAAUAAUUGUUCGGAAUUUAUUUGGUUAUGAGAAUACACUUAAUUGCUCAAUAUGCAUGAUUCACGGUUGAAUUUAAAAUGAUGAUGAUGAGA